GCUUCCGUCACUGCAUACAGUAUGGCGUCCUGAGAGUUGUCACAACUGUGUUGCUGCUGCAAAUAAUCUUUAUUUUCCACUUUUAAAGCAUCGUGUCAUCGGAAUUGAGAUUUUUCUGGAAUAAUAGCCACAUUUCGACUAAGCCCGUCAUGCCUUCCGCCUGUGACUCUCUGAUCGAUGACAUCGAGGACAUGGUGUCUUCCAGCGACCCUACUCCUCAUGAGAGACAGUCCGCUAGAAAAAGCAUCAUACCGAGGUCCAGGAGGAAGAAAGAGCUGAACAACGAGGAGCUCCAAGUUGACAGUCUGAUCCCCGGAACCCAAAAGAUCUGGAUGAAAACGUGGGGCUGCAGUCACAACAACUCAGAUGGAGAGUACAUGGCCGGACAGCUCGCUGCCAGUGGAUACAAGAUGACCGAUGACCCGACAGAAGCAGACGUGUGGUUGCUGAACAGCUGCACCGUGAAAAAUCCUGCAGAGGAUCACUUCAGAAACUCCAUCAAAAAAGCCACAGAACAGCAGAAAAAGGUGGUAGUAGCAGGAUGUGUUCCCCAGGCCCAGCCGAGGAUGGAGUACCUCAAAGGUCUGAGCAUCAUUGGGGUCCAGCAGAUUGAUCGAGUGGUGGAAGUAGUGGACGAGGCUGUUAAAGGUCACUCGGUUCGUCUGUUGGGUCAAAAGAAAGAUGGAGGCCGACGGCUCGGAGGAGCUCGACUGGAUCUGCCCAAGAUCAGGAAGAACCCACUGAUCGAAAUCAUCUCCAUUAACACGGGGUGUCUGAAUGCUUGUACCUACUGCAAGACGAAGCAUGCCAGAGGAGACCUGGCCAGCUAUCCCAUCGAGGAGCUGGUGGAGAGAGCCAGGCAGUCAUUCCAGGAGGGGGUGUGUGAGAUCUGGCUGACCAGUGAGGAUACCGGUGCUUACGGUAGAGACAUCGGGACCGACCUGCCGAAGCUGCUGUGGAGACUAGUGGAGGAGAUUCCUGAAGGAGCCAUGCUGAGGCUGGGGAUGACCAACCCACCUUACAUCCUGGAACACCUGGAGGAGAUGGCGAAGAUUUUGAACCAUCCGCGAGUCUACGCCUUCCUCCACGUUCCUGUGCAGUCGGCCUCAGACAGUGUUCUGAUGGACAUGAAGAGAGAGUAUUGCAUCGACGACUUCAAACGAGUGGUGGACUUCCUGAAGCAGAGAGUCCCCGGUGUGACCAUUGCUACAGAUAUAAUCUGCGGUUUUCCUGGUGAGACUGAUGAAGACUUCCAGGAGACAGUUGAUUUGGUGAAAUGCUACCGAUUCCCCAGCCUUUUCAUCAAUCAGUUUUACCCCCGACCCGGUACUCCUGCUGCCAAGAUGGAGCAAGUAGCUGCACAUGUGAAAAAACAAAGGACAAAAGAGCUCUCACAACUCUUCCACUCUUACAACCCGUACGACCACGAGGUAGGAGAAAGACAACAUGUGCUGGUGACAGAGGAAUCAUUUGAUGGACAAUACUACGUGGCUCACAACAAGUUCUACGAACAGGUGCUGGUACCUAAGAGGGUUGAAUUCAAAGGGAAGAUGAUCGAGGUGGACAUCUAUGAAGCAGGAAAACACUUCUUGAAAGGACAACCAGUCGAACACAGCAAACCGUUCACCCCCUCCAUCGCUGCACCUCUUCAGAAAGGAGAGGUAUCUGGUUUGAUGCAGGAACAUCUGGCCAAUGGAAUCCAAGGUUCUUCUUUCUUGAUUGGAUCCUCCAGUGUGGAUCGAGAAGCGCUGAAGAAGUUGGGGAUCGGACUCGCACUGGCAGCAAUCAUCUUAGCCUUUAUUGUAGAGAAACUGUACUGAGUGAAUACUGAGCCUCUGUGCAGUUAUUUUACUUUGUAUGCACCAAAGUGAUGUCUUCUUCUGUCAGUACAGAAAGAAUAACCUCAUGGGCAAUAACAGGUCACCAGUCAGAACUCCUUUUAUACAAGCUUUUUGGUACAAAUUAUAAGUUAUACUACAUUUUAAUUAGAACCUAUUGGAAGUACAGGUUGGGUCUUUUUUUGUUGCGUUUGGUUAUAAGAGCUGAACAAUUUUAUUAAAAUGUGACAUGUUCACUGAUGCUGCCUGACAUUGUCCAUAGAGUGAGGAAUAAGUAUUUUGAAGCUAGUUUUGGGGGUGUUGUAGCUGUUUCACAAAUAAACUAAGCACGACUCAGUGAGUUAAUACAUUCAGGAUGUCAUUUUCACCUGUAAUAGAACAGUCUGACUACUGUGGCCACACUGAACUGCAUUUACUGGCUUCAUCUGCAGCACAGCGUAGAAUGAAAACAAGACGGUGACUUUUCAUUUUGAGAUUGCAUUCUGUAGUGUUUCACUUUUUUCUACAAGUUUGUUAAAUCUGAGUAAGUUCACUUGAGACUGUAAAGGAUAAAACAACCGACAGCGUGGUCAAAACUCUGUUUGAUAGAAAGUGGUCAUUUUCUUCAUACUGGUAGUUUCACUUUUUUAAAAUAUAGAUGCUUUCUAACCUAUUUCAAGAGCUGUGUGCUGCUGUCACACCUGGUGUUGCCGGUUUCAUUGAUUAUAGUGAAAGUCGAUGCAGAAGAUGCUUUAGAAAUGCUCUACAAACGUUGCGCAUUCAUGGUAGCCACUAGGUUAAAAUGAUCAACCAGUCAGUCACUCUGCAGCUUAUUUGUAGAGUUUUUGUGCUUAGUUUAUGUUUUGUUUUGUUUUUUUACUAUGUGGAGCUGAUCUGUAUAAUACUCUGAUUAAAGUUAAUGUAUAAUCUUCAUUUCAAAGUAUUUAUUUUUGAAAAGGAGACGUGGACAGAAUAUUUUCAGAGCUAUUGUACUUAAUGAAUGUCAUUUCUGUUAACCUUGUGUUUUAUUCGGCUGUUCAUAAAGCAUUUUAUUUUAUGUUUUUUGCCCCAAACAUUGAAGUCAAAUGGAAUUCACAUGUAAUAUACCUCUUAUUUUAAUUAAGGCAUGUGGCUGCUGGGAUUAAUGGUCAUUAUUGGAUGACUUGUUUUAUUUGUUUACGUUGUCUGUCUCUGCUGCCAACAUAAAGGGGUUUACAUGUUUUUUUUCACUUACCUGUAGUGGUGCUUCGCUGGUUUGCUCCUGUGAGACUUAUUCUGCAACCCCAAUACAGUUGUCUUUUUACCAUCCCAAAAAAAACAUCAUCAUUCUUCUUAUUUACUCAAAGACUCACAAGAAAAGAUUUAAAUAUCAUGAAUUAGGACAACAGCAGAAGUCUCAGCUUUGCUACACAUCAGUAAAGGUAGCUGAGAAUUUUCUUUCUGUAAUUCAGGUGAACUUUUCCUGUAACAGCUGUUCUGUUGACGUGUGGACUGGUGGCGUAUGUACAGUUAGUCGUCAUAAAUGAGCCAGUCUUUUAUUUUUUCAUCAUUGCAACCGUGGUUUAAUAAAAGGCUAAAUCAAUUUGUCAUGAGUGAAACUGCUAAAAUGCGGACUGAUUGACUGAUUCGUUGAAUUAUUGAUUUUCUCGGUUGUUGCCGUGCACGCCGUCGGCCUGUGCUGCUCUCCAAUGUUGCUGUUUUGAGGUGCAACUGUCUGAACACAAGCUGUGAAAUCCCAGACAGUUAAUAAUGCAUGCCCCAAUUUAUGUCGCGCUGCUCUGCCACAUGUGUCUCUGUCAGUAUGUCUGCGUUUUAUCUGCGUGUGUUUGUGCCCUGCAUAUAUUCCUCGUCACAAGUGUCUCUCCAAGCUUGUUUGUGAGCUUGUUUCCGUGUCAAAAGGUGUGUGUGAAUUUGUGUGUGUGCACGGCCUGAUGUUGAGGCUCUUCCGAUGCUUAAUUUAGCAGAAAGUCAGCUUGUGUGUGUGUGUGUGUGUGUGUGUGUGUGUGUGUGUGUGUGUGUGUGUGUGUGUGUGUGUGUGUGUGUGUGUGUGUGUGUGUGUGUGUGUGUGUGUGUGUGUGUGUGUGUGUGUGUGUGUGUGUGUGUGUGUGUGUGUGUGGAUCAGGAGUGACAGGCCUCAUCACUCUCUCACUCUGAAAGCCCUCUUGUUAGAUAAACCAAAGUUUGUAGCUCACAUAGGCACCAGCUUUGUAUUCUCUAACUAAAUGAUGCAUGUCACAUGUUUUGCGGAGACACAGGUACAUGCAUGCACUCCUCCCACCUGUCUGAUGCAUGUCACACACACUCACGGCAUCCUGCAGCUUUGUACUAUAUGGGCAAAUGAUGCAUGUCAAGCAAACUUGCACACAAACACAGGCACCAAAGCUUUAUAUUACCCGAUCAAAUGAUGCAUGUCGUACACACAGACGCACACACACACCAGCUUUGUAUUAUGUGAUCAAAUGAUGCGUGUAGCUCCGACGCUUGUUACAUCCAUCCAGCAGUGCCCUAUAUUGUUCUGCAGCCAUCCAUACUGCGCGACAGUUCUUUUGAUGCUUUGUAAGCACAUUUCCUCCCUGUGUAUGUCAGUUACACUGCAUUGUUCUCCAAUGAAAAAUGGAUGCAACGACACCCUUUAUGUUUGGGAGAUCAUCACUUACUAUGAAAUAUUGAAGCAGGAACCAUCGAAAGAAGAUCAUUAUUCACUUCGCAUCAUUCACUUCAGUUGUUUCUAAUAAAAGCAAGAGUUUCUGAAUUCUUGUCUCAGUUGCA